AUGCAACUCAAGUAUCCAACAUUUCCUGCUAAGAUGACGUCUGGUCAAGCGCAACAAUUAGUACAUGAUCAUGCCUAUGUUGCUCGUGAUUAUCAGCAAACUUUACGUGAUAUUGAAAAUCGGGAUACAUUUGGAAAUAUUGAUCGACUUGUACAAUAUCCCUUUACAGCUCCUGUGAUUGAAGAGAAAAGUGCGGAAGAAUUAGCUAGACAAGCAGCGAAGAAAGAAGAAAACUCUAGAAGGCUUCGUGAAGCUGCUGCCAAAUCACGACUGGAAAAGUUGGUUGUACGAGAACAAGAAUAUGAAGCUUUCACUAAUCUGAAGAAUGCAAAGGCAACUACCAAGAAAAUAGAAUGGAUGUCACAACUCAAACAAUCUGGAUUUAAGGAUGAACGUGAUUUGGAUGAAACAAUCAAACAAUUGGAUGCUGCUAUUCAACGAGCAAGAAAUAAGGAACUUGGGAUCGAUGAAACCGAAGAAAAGGAGCCACCUCCAAGUAAUCUAUUGGAUAUACCGGACGAAGAACUCAGUGAAGCUGAUAAGAAGGAAAAACGCAAACAACGUUUACUCAAGGCGAGCUAUGAUGCUAGGAUUCGUGCAAAAGCAGCCAAAGAAGAAGCAAAAGCAAGAGAGGCGGAAAAUGCACGUUUGGAAGAAGAAAGGCGUCUUCAGAACCCAACUCAAUGGAUUGAAGAAACUCAAAAGAAGCGACAGGAUGUGAUUGAUCGAAUCAAAAAACGAAAACGAUUAGCAGCUGAAUUAUCAGAUCGUCGUAGUAGAGCAUCACAAUUACGAAUGAGAUCAAUUGCAAACUUAGCCAGUGAUACAAAUGGAUCCAAACGACGAAGAAAAGGACAAGAAGAGGAUAAUUUUGGUGAGGAUGAUGAAGAUUGGAUGAUCUAUCGAGAAAUCAGUCGCGAUGAAGACGAAGAUGAUGCAGAAGAAGAUCUUGCACUACUUAAUCAUUAUGAAUCACAACUAUUACAAUAUGAUCCUGACUUUCUUCCGGAACAUUCAUUUGAAGCAAGUUCAUCACCCAUCAACACACUUUUACACCAAUUGGCACAUGGAACUCACCCUCCGUAUGAUCCUAUGGAUAUCAGUCAAACUUAUCAAUUACAUGUGAAUAUUGAAAGAUCACGUGUAAGUGAGGCAUUAUUUCAACCUAGCAUUAUUGGUCUCGAUCAAGCUGGCAUUGUGGAAACAUUAGAUGAUAUUGUCAAGACAUUUGAUAUUAGUACUCGAUCACGUAUACAAAAGAGUAUAUUUUUGACAGGUGGAUUUACAUCUUUACCUGGUUUUUCUGAUCGUAUAUUGGAUAAUGUACGAUCUAUUUUUCCUGUUGGAUCACCAGUACAAGUUCGACAUGCAAAAGACCCUCUUCUGGAUGCUUGGAAAGGUGCUGCCAAAUUUGCCUUGUCAUCUUCAUUUAAACAAUAUUGUGUUACUCGAAAAGAAUAUCAAGAAUAUGGUGGUGAAUAUAUCAAAGAACAUGGAUUAGGAAAUGCAUUUAGAUCGUAG